CUUUAAGGUCAUCAGCUUGUAUUGAAGCCAUUAAGACGAGCGCGUGAAGUAGCCUCUGCCCAAUGUCUUGUUACAACAUUACACGCUCGGCGGAACAGCUACUAGACUCAUACGAAGACGCUGCACCAUCUUUCUCAGUUCAUCUCUAUCCGGACUACUGGACGCUCAACAACGGACCAAAGUUCCUGUACAAUAAUCCCAUCGCUUCAAUACUUGAUGACGUCCGAGCGCACCGCAUCCCGGUCGACUACCUUGAACUCUUCGACUCCGCACGCGUGCCAUUCUAUGAUGGUUGCAUGCUCGUAGAGCUACUAGACUACCGCCCAAAGAAAGCAAAGGAUUUGCCUCUCGAGAAACCUGAGCGGAGCCGUGUUGCUCUACACCCAAAUGACGAAACGCUCUGGGCGAAUCUAUGUCUCAUGCACCAACGCUCAGGUAACAAAUUCACAGAUAUGGAAGUCCUUGAGCUUGAAGCACAAUUACUACUACACACAGCACCUCCCCUAUGUCUUGACCCAGACCCACAUUUAACCCGUAUCGUGAAUCAUACCCUCAGAGUUUCUACCCCAAGUGUACCCGUCUCCUUGAAGCGCAAAGCAGCAGCCAUUUCACCCGAGGAAGAUGAGUCCGACAAGACUCGUCGGGCCAAGAUCAUGCAAUUUAUGAACCAUAGACAAAAUCAGUCUCACGCCCCAAGUUUUCGGAUAUUGGAUACAAUCCGCCGUGUCAAAGAAGCUCCAGCAGCCGCCCCGACCCAAGCACAAAUUCAGGCUCAAGGUCAAGCAAUCUCCCAAGUCCAAGUCCAAAAUCAAACACAAGGUCAAAUACCAGCCCCCGUGCCAACCCCACAACCUCAGCUCGUUCAACCACAACCUACUCCCGUCUCAGCCGCGCCCGCACCGGCGCCAACAUUAGUUCCCCAGCCAGUUGCUGACCAGAAACCUAAGCCAGCAAAGAAGAAAGCCGAUGCGCCGCAGACUUUCCAAAACACUCCCGAGGUUUCACGCUCUUCAGCUACCCCUGGCCCACAUCCCGCGGUGAACCAGCUUCAAUCACAGCCACGGAUCGCUGCCUCUCCCUCACCCCGUGUAAGCGCGCCCUCGCCGCUCCCGUCUGUACAGUCACCUGCGCACAGGUACACGCAGUCACCGCGCCCUCCAUCAUCGCAAGCGCCGCACUCCUCGCCUCUCGCAGCUGGCUCACAGCUCCCCCCAACAAUACACCGUCCUCCAACCGCCUCUCAUCACUUCUUCCCAAUGGCAGCGCAAGGUUCCCAGCCCAAAGCUGCAACCUCCCAAGUGGGUUAUCAAUCUCAGCCGACGCCUCCCCCUGCACAAGCCGGGCAACAGGCUGGCGCAACGCAGCUGGCCACUGGUCAGCAAAUGAUGCAGCAGCAUACCCAAGUGCAACAUCCCACUCCAGGGCAGAUAUAUCAACUUCACCUGCUGCAAAUGCAGCAAAAUCGGUUGGCUCAUCCGCAGGCUCAAGCUCAGCAGGCUCAGGCUCAAGCUCAGGCUCAGCAGGCUCAAGCUCAGGCUCAGCAGGCUCAGGCUCAGCAGGCUCAGGCUCAGGCUCAGGCUCAGGCUCAAGCUCAGCAGGCUCAACUUCAAGCUCACGCGCAGGCUCAGCAGGCUCAAGCUCAGCAGGCUCAACUUCAAGCUCACCACGCACAAGUCCACGCACAGGCGCUUUCACAAGCCCAUCAAGUUCAGGCUCAGGCUCAGGCUCAGGCUCACGCGCAAGCUCAAGCUCAAGCUCAAACCCAGCCACAAGCCCAUGUACAAGCCGGACGUAUGACUCCACAAAAUUCACAAACACGGAGUCCCAUGCCUGGACAUCUCACAGCUCGAAACAGCCCCAUGCUCCAGAACCAAGCCAGAGGCUCUCCUAUGCUCCAAAAUCAGCCCAGAAGCUCGCCCAUGCCCAACCCCAAUCCUCUCCCCACCCAAACUACACAAGCUGCACAGCAUCCGGGCAUGGCGCAGCAGUACAACUUUGCACCUAUGCAGUUCAGGCCGCCUGGGCAGGAGCAGCAGCAACAACAACAACAACAACAGCAACAACAGCAGCAGCAUGCGAUGAUGAUGUCACCGUACCAGAUGUAUGGGUAUCCUCCUGUGGGCUAUGCCAUGCCUGGACGACUGCAGCAAGCCUAUCCGUGGGGUGUUGGGCGGGGGAUGCCGAAUCAGGCCCAGGUGAAUGGGCAGGCACCGGCGGGGAUGCAGCAGCAGCAGAUGCAGAUGCAGAUGCAGAUGGCUGUCGGAAAGCCUUCGCAGGGAGCGGGACGGUAGUGGGGCACUUUCUAUUGUUAUUUGUGUUUCUAAUAAUGUACUACUGUGGGUUUGUGGGGAUUGCUUGUUGUAUUUAUGAAAGGCGGACUGCAGUAGGCUUGUAGGCUAUUUGAGAUGA